UUUUUUAUUGCAAAGCGAUCGUAGGCAGUCGUCUGCUGAAGUGUGAAUUUAUAAAUACAAAUUAAAUAAAAUGAAUCGGGCUCGCAGGAACGUUGUCAACAAACCAUUUGUUUCGGGAGGCGUUUAUCGCACAAAUUGAAAAUGUGUGUCUCAAACCAAUUGUGAAUUUAUUUGCAACAGCCAAUAAAAGUUUCUUUAAUCGCAAGUGUCAAGCGUUGUGUCCAGCCACCUGCUACUCCUCCCCCCCCCCCCCUUCCACACACGCACACACAGACAUACACACUGUGAGCCUUGGACCAUUUAUUUGUACCGCUGGACUUGCCAUUUUAGUUACUUUUGGGGGCUGCUGGAAAUUAAUUCAUCCAAAAUUGUAACUAAAAUUAUUAGUUUUGCGUUAGAUAGCAAUGCUCAUUUACCUUCACUUGAGUACCCAAACGAGACACCAAAACGCCAAUUCGAGAUGAUCAAAGGUUUGGGCGGGCAUUUACCGCAAUUUCAGCCUGGCGUGCCUGGCAGCCCGAUGAACACCAAUUUCUGGACAGGAUUGCGGGCGUUGGUGGUCAUUUGGGCGGGGUGCCAAGGUGCCAAGCAUUUGAUUAAUGUGAUAUGAUUAACGUAAACCAUCGAUUGGUUGGCUCAUGGUUUCGUUGGUGCAGUGCGUCUGCAUGAUUCGUUUGGGCACUUUGGGUUGUAGGAGUGGUCAUGGCUAUUCCUGAACUAUGGUUUUUAGUAGAACCGCCGGCACACGUGCUGCGAUAUAAAGCCUACCGCCCACGCCGUUAGUAGAUCCUUUGAAUGGCAUAAUCCGAAUGCUGCUUCCACGAUUCCGCAAGCUGCGCCGUUCGUAGCAACACCGCCGGCACCGCAACCGGCCAAGCCACAGCCGGCCAAGCUGCAGACGGUCAAGGCGCAGCCGGUGGAAAAUCAUGAAGCGUUGCCCAUGCCGAUAUUCAUCAAGGAUGAGCCGAUUACGCCCGCUGGCGAUGACAUGGAGGAAGCCGACACGGGCGCCAACAAUGACAGCAUGGACUUUGCCAGCGUCUUGGAUUCGGAAAAUGGUGGAAAAAUACCAUUUAAGAAGAUCUUUCAGAAGCGCAAGAAGUCAUCGGAACGCACACGUGACAAGAAAUUGCGGCAAAAUCGACAGCUACGCAAAUCGAUGUUGCCGAAGAACGCACUGAUGGCCCUCAACGAGGUGAAGGGCAUUAAUAUCAGUGAUUUUACGAUUAAUAGCAAUCCGGAUGGCGGCUUUACUGCAAUAGUGACCGUGAAUACCAGGCAGUACGAGGGCAAGGGCCAAUCGAAGAUGGCCGCCAAGAAUUUGGCGUGUGAGAAGGCUUUGCGUGAUUACAUCAUAGCCAAAAUGACGCCAAAGCCAAAGAAAGCACCAAAGCCGGCUAACGAUGACGAGCCCGAGGCGAUGGAGACCAACGAGACAGAGAAUACGGAAAAUCCGCCGGAGGAUGAUGUGCCCAUGCUGAACUUGGCCUCGUUUGCCAUUUACAAGCUGUUUGCCGAAUGGGAGCGAGAGGGUUAUGUCGUGCCCGAAAUGCAUCCAUCAGCUGCAAAUGCAUCUGCACAGCAAAGCGAUCCCAAUUCGCCAGCUUCGUCCGUUAUUGUCACACCAAAGGAGCCAAAGAAGCCGCCCGUGCGCACCGAGCUGCCGGUCAACUGGGCUACCAUGCAUCCAGCCACAUUGUUGUGCGUUAUGCGUCCAGGACUUUCGUACAUUGAUCAUGGCUGCACCGGAGAGAAGCCGAAUGUUUUGCAGCGUUUGGGCGUCAUUGUGGACAAUCAGGAGUUCACCGCCACUGGACGUUCCAAAAAGAUAGCACGUCGCAAUGUUGCUGUCAAUGUUUGCAACAGUUUGUUUAACACCAAUUUCAUAUAUGAGGAGUAUUAGAUGGGCAGAAAUUUCAGCUGAAUCUAUGAAAAUGCAAUAAUUUAUCUCGACUUUUUAAUUGUUUAAAUGUGCUUCUACAACUUGACACUUACAUAAACCAACCACACUCCGGAGCUACAGUAAAUUCGUGACCAUAAAUAUGUA